AUAAAAUGGGGAGCUCAGCUGCGGAGUCCUCACACCACCUGCAGAGCUCUGGGGUCCCACCAGGGGCAGCUGGGAGAUUCAGGGGGCCCCCCAACCACCCAUGGCAGCAUGGGAUCCUGUAGCUCUCAGCUGCUGGGGCUGAAUUCAUGGAGAUCACAGAAGUCACAGAAUGGUGGGGGUACCCCGCAGCUCCCUGUGGCUACGGGUGCCAGGGAUCUCCCAGAGCUCCCAGCCGACGUGGGUGGCAGGAGCUCUUCCUCUCCACCUCCCCAAACUCCCAGCCAAUGCAGGGGACGCAGGAGCACUGAGCCAAGCCGGGGGAUCCCAGAGCUCCAAGUCCUCACAGGCGGUGGGGGUCCCCAGAACUUGAAGCAUGCCCUGCAGCUGCCCCACCUCUGCAGGCAGUGUGGGGACCCUGCAGCUAGGUUCCCCAUUUUGUUAGGGAUAUUUUUAUUAAAGGUCAGGGACAGGGCUUCCGUGAAUUUUUUUUUUAUUGCCCGUGAUCUGUCCAUGAUUUUUGAUCUGUCCAUGACUUUUACUAAAAAUAUUCAUGACAAAAUCUUGUCCUUAGUUACGAAUACAAUGCGCCUGAGCCUCAAAUCUGAUGAUGAUGCUUUGGUGUUUGCCCUGCUGUGUGCUAUGGACAGAAACUAUUCAAGGAGCAGCUGCACAUGGACCAUUAGUUUUGGAUGCAAGAAACAAUCACUGCGUGGUGAGAUCACAUCGUUUUGCAGGUUACGAGAGGCUGAAGGAGGAGGAAGGGAAAAGAAAAUGGGUUAAUGCGACAACUCAGCUCAGCCCAAAGAUAAGACGCCAGCUCGAGUCCAAGGUCACUGCGCUCAAACGAACUCUAUACAGCCAAAAAGCCAGCUGUACCUGGAUCUUACCCAACCCCCCAAAAAUAGGGAGACGGUGAAGGCCAGCAAGGGAAAAAACAACCGUCUCACAUCCCUAAUGCCGGUGUGUUUUGGGAACGCGGAAAAGAUCACAAAAAACUUGUUUAAACUGGUACAAAAAACAUGGAAAACAAAGGUCCCUAAACAACCACCCCCAGCCCCCAAACUUAAAACCCUCCUAAAAGCUAAUGCAAAUCAGAGAUCAGCAGCCCACCCUGGACAACCUGUACACAAAACAAAACUCCCGUCCACCUCUUCCCGCCCUUCUUCAUACAUUACACCCAGGCUUGGCCUCCCCAGGUACUGCAUGUGUAAGUAAAAAACGUGAGUUAGGGCUUGGGGCACUAACGCUUUCUUCCUUCCUCUAAGUAACAUGAAA